UGUCAGCUGUCAGUUUGAGUUGAAAUAACCUUAACAAUAUAAUUGAAUACAUAGAAACAAAAUGUUUCGAAGUUUGGUAAAUAAAUUGUGCUUCAAUAAUUUGGGUUGCGGAUUUCACACUUCAGCCAGUUUAAAUGAAGUGCAGCUACUGACGCGGCUGCGAGUCGUUGAUAAUUCAGAAAUCGGCAAGAGAGCCAUGGCAGAGGGAAAGCCACCAAAAGUUAUUUGUGUUUAUAAUAAAAAGCGAAUAGGCUACAUAGGAGAUAGAGUAAUGGUGGCCAUCAAGGGACAAAAGAAAAAAGGUAUACUGGUGGGUCUAAAGCAGACACAAAAAGUUAAAGUGCCCAAAUUUGACAGUAAUAAUAUAGUGUUAAUAGACGAUAAUGGCACCCCGCUGGGCACACGAAUACACGUCCCCAUCCCCACAAUCCUGCGCACCAUACUCAAGGAACGCACACAUGCCAAGGGGGCCGACUACACCAAGUUGCUGGCCAUUGCAACUAAAUUUGUUUAGUUUGUAACCUUUUCU